UUGCAAAAUAAGACAUCUUGUAAUUUGUCUGUAAUUGUUUAUGUUAACAAACGGGCGCUAAAAUUUAUAGUUUAAUGCCAUCGUAAAUUAGCGUUUUAAUUUAUUUUAUAAAUUACAUACUAUGACUGACAUUGACAAAUGGGUGGAAAUAGCAAAAGACUGCAAAUAUCUGCCGGAAAAUGAUCUUAAGAAAUUAUGUGACAUAGUAUGUGAUCUUCUAUUGGAAGAGUCUAAUAUUCAGCCUGUUUUUACUCCAGUUACAGUUUGUGGAGAUAUACAUGGCCAGUUUUAUGAUCUUGAGGAAUUAUUUAGGACAGGAGGAAAAGUUCCAGACACAAAUUACAUAUUUCUGGGGGAUUUUGUAGAUAGAGGAUAUUAUAGUCUUGAAACCUUUACUAGGCUUUUAACUCUGAAAGCCAAGUGGCCUGAUAAAAUAACUUUGCUACGUGGAAAUCAUGAAAGUCGGCAGAUUACUCAGGUUUAUGGAUUUUAUGGUAUU